CGUGAACUAACGUGCGUACAAAAGUAUUGUCUUAUUUGCGUUCAAUCGAUCACAACUAUACAGCACCAAAUGACGUGUUGCUGUUUCAUAGGACAAGAUGUUAGCAAAUAAAAAUGAAAAUGAAGAAACUGUCAAAAUAAUAUGUCCAAGCAUCAACGAGUUAACUAAAAUCAGCGUUGAAGUACGUUGCAGUAAAUGUGAUUCCGUUUUUUCUAAUGAAUCUUGUUAUCGUUUUCAUGAUCUCAAAGUUCAUCAACAAAAAAACAUUGAAAAAGUUAUAAAACAAAAUGUGAAAUUUCACUGUCCCAUAGAAAAUUGCAUAUAUGCCAUUGGAAAUCAAAAACACUUCACUUUAUUCAAAUACGUGAAACAGCAUUAUUUGAAGGUUCAUGCCGAUAAAAAUUUUGUAUGUAGAUGUUGCUCAAAAGGUUUUUCUACUAAGGCUGCCAGAGAAGCUCAUGUUAAAAUUUGUGGCCAAUAUUUCAUUUGCAAUUGCAAGAAAAAUUUCAAUAGCUAUGAAGCUCUUUUGACUCAUGCCAAAAGAAAUUCGCAUAAAUUUGAUGAUAAAUACAGAUUAAAAAAAAAUAAAAAUGGUAUAAAAAAUGUUUGCCAGCAAAAAAGUGCAGUAAUCAAGUUGAUUCCUAUUUUACCUAAGCCUACUUGUGAUGUUGGAACACAAAUAAAUGAGGACAUGUUUGAGAAAAAGUCAAAUUCAAGGAAAAUUCUAAAGAAACAAAUUUGUAGACAAACUCAGACAACUGAAGCUUCAAAAGACAAACAACAAAAAAAGUCUGCUGAAACUCAAACGCUGAAAUCAGUUCCUCGUGUGAUUAGGGUCAAACAAGUUGAAAAACGAAAAAAUUCCAAUGCCAAUGAAAAACAAAAUAAUAAGAUUGCUGAAAUCAAAAGUGACCUCAAUUUUCUAGAUACUUUAAAUAGUAUUUUACUUGAUAGUCCUUUGGCUAUGAAGCACAAUAUCAUCUUGGAAGAUGCUUGGGAGGAAAAAAGUAAUUCUGGAACGCAAACUAGUCCUAUUAAAACAGUAUUUGAGGAUAUUGAUAAUGAUAAAACCAAAAACUGUAAUUUUAAUAAGUUAACAAAGUCUGAUCCAAUGUUAACAGAGCAAGCUUACAAUGACAGAUUUAACAGCAUAGAAACACAAACGGAAAAGGAACCUUAUCAAUUAGUCUUUGAAUCUGAUCCUAUGAGUUCCAAUAUUGAAACACAAACAACUGAUAAUUACACAGAAACAGAAGAACAACUCCACAUAUAUAGUAACAUAUGUACACAAACUUGCAAUGAAAUUUUACCCUCAGACUUAGGUCUUUCAGAUAUCCAAACUCAAACUGCAUGGAGUCAUUUAGAUGAUACAACUGUAUCCACAGAAACACAAACGAAAGCAUUUAAAUGCCUCUCAGGUUGUGACUCUAGUUCAUGGUUCACUACUCCAACACAACACAUGGAAACUCAAACUGAAUUUUAUCAAAUUUUCAAAGAAUUGGACUAAAAAUGGAUGUUGUAAUUAUUUGUACAAAAUUUAAAAGAUAAGAAUGUAUAUAUUUCAAGUUUUGUAAAUACCCUUGGUUAAUAA